AGUACAAAAAUGAAGCAAAGCUUUUAAAAGAAUUUAAAAAUUAUGUGAAAAGAAGAAAAAAGAAACCUCAAGAUAAAAAUAUUAUAUCCGAUAUACGAAAAUCAAUCGAUAAUAGAUUAGAUAAACUUAAAUCUCUUGAAUAUGUACCCAAAUCUCCAGAAUACCAUCCAGUUUCACCAUCUGCUCAGUUGAAUACCGA